AUGUCAGAACCUGAAGCUGGCCCUAGAUCUAGAACACAAUUCUUUAGAAAAGAUAAUAAAUCUAAAAAUUUGAUUAAUAAAGAAUUUAGUUACUUAGAAGAAAUUACUAAUAAACAAAAAAUAGAUCUAAAAUUUAGAAAGCAAAAAGAAUUAGAUACAGCACUUAAAAGAAGAGCUAUA